UUUUUUUUUCUCCAUUAAAACUUUGAUGCGCCAUCGUCUCAGUUUAAUACGUGGACAUAAAAGAUGUGAUCGCAAAACAAUCAGGAAAAAAAAAAAAAUCAAGUCAUAACAUAGUCGCCAUUGGUGACCUCAGCAAAAACUUCACUCGCAAAUUAAUAUUUUUUUUUAGUCGCAGUUUGGAGCCCUGUUUAUUUUAUUUUUUGUAAACAUUUCUCCAGCUCAAGUCAAGAGAAUAAAAAAAUGGGAGGAGAAACAGGAUCAUGUGACUGAGGUAAAGUUGAACUAAUGUGUCUCUCCCAGGAACAACGUUCAUUCAAACAUCCUGAAAUGAUUGCAGAACCAUUCACAAAUUGCCAGAAAUUAACAUGAGGGAUUUCUACAAAAGUCUGUCAUUUUUACUGGGCUUUUUCUCAGUUCAGACAAAGGCAGGAAGAGAAGUGAACAUAGCAACAUGGGGAACAGCCGUUCAGUCUACAUCACAUAACAGCGGGUGGUCUGCCCAAAGCACUCUGGAUGAGUCGAGCUCCACCUGUAGUCAUACUACAACACAAACCGACCCGUGGUGGAAGCUGGAUCUGAUGAAGACGUACAGUGUGAACAGAGUGACCAUCACUAACAGACACGACUGCUGUGAAAGCAGGAUAGACGGGGCAGAGAUUCGGAUUGGAAACGAUUCUUCAGAUCUUUUCAGCAACCCACUAUGUGCUGUAGUUUCUACUAUUCCAGCAGGAGCUACCUACAGCUACUUGUGUCGUGGGAUGGAGGGACGUUAUGUUAUUGUGAAUAUUCCUGGGACUUCAAAGAUUCUUACUCUCUGUGAAGUGGGAGUCUAUGUGAUUUCAGGUAAUUUGGCUACAGAAAGAACCGUCACACAGUCAUCAACCAUUGGCACCUGGUCUGCUGAACAGGCCAUUGAUUUCAAUCCAGGUUUCGUACAACCAUCAUCAUCGUGUUCCUCAACCACUGCUCAGACUAACCCGUGGUGGAGGGUGGAUCUGCGUUAUAUUUACAGAAUAAGUAGAGUUGUCAUCACAAACAGACUAGACUGCUGUCCAGAACGAAUAAACGGAGCAGAGAUUCACAUCGGAAACUCUCUGGAGAACAACGGCAACAACAAUCCCAUAUGUGCUGUGAUUUCUAGCAUUCCAGCUGGUGUUUCCUCCACCUACACAUGUAACGAUAUGGAGGGUCGAUACGUGAAUCUGAUCAUUCCUGGAGAUUCAAGGAUUCUUACUCUGUGUGAGGUGGAGGUCUAUGGAGAAGGUCCUGUACUGAAGAAGACCCUUGUGAGGAUGAAACUGAAGUCCAAUUUGAGUUUGUCUGAACCUGAAAUGAGAGCCCAGCUCCUGUCACAGCUUCAGUCUGCUCUGGAGGAACGAGGGUUUUCUGACGUAACGCUGCAAUGGUCUCAACCGCCCAAAAAGGAAGUGAUGCAGAAGAAAGCUGCACCAGCUCAAUGUGCUGUAAGAAAGAGAUGAUGAUGAUGAUGAUGAUGAUGAUGGGGAAACCUAAACUUCGGAUCAGAACAUCUUUCAGAAAAUCUUAUGUUCUUCAUUUACCUGCUGGAAUAUUCUCCAUCAC